AUGGCUCAUCUCUUCUCCAGAAGCUUCCAUUGUUUCUGGUUACCAUGCUGCAAUCUUCCACCAAAUUCUUCUGAAAGGCUUCGAAUUUAUGCUCCAAUUCCACUUCCCAAACCUUGGAUGAGCUUCACACACCAUACCCACAUGCUUCCCAAUGCCACUUCUUCCCCGAGCUCUGAUCCUGAUGAUUUUGAUAUUCUCUCUUCCACUGAGCAUUCCGAUGGUACUUUUCUGUUCCGGUUCGGCACUGCUAGCGAGAUUAGACAAAAAAUAGAUGAAUUGAACAAGAAGAAAAAAUUAGAUGAAUUGAACAAAAAGAAAAAAUCAGAUGCAUUGAACAAAAAGAAAAAACUAGAUGCAUUGAACAAAAAAAAGCUUGUUCGUGAGAGUGUUGUGCAAGAAGACAAAGCUGGUGUUCGAGCUUUGGUGAGUGAAAGUGUUGAAAAAUUGAACACUGAGGUUGUUCGUACAUUAGGGGAUGAAAUUGAGUUUUCUUCAACUGUAUUAGUAAGUGUUGCUGAUCAAAACUCUCAGCUUCCCGUGAAUGAAACGGAUAGUGUUGUUAUUAAUAGUGAUCCUGGGACUCCAGUGAUCAAUGAUUUGCAUAAAAUUGAUAGACUUUUGAAGUUGGAUUCUGUGGAGGAUGGUGAUGGUCAACAAGGAAUUUUAAGUCUGAGUGCAUCUGAUGAGGGUUCGGAACUUGAUAGUCAUCAAGAAGUUGUAGUUUCAACUGUUGCUCCUGAGUUUGAUGUGGUCUCUAAUCUGAAGAAUGGCGCUUCUGCAGAACUUGAAGAGGAAGGUGAUGUUGUGGCUUAUUUAAAGGCUAACAUUGAAGUUGCUCAUCUCUCUACAGCUGGCAAGAGUUAUGAUGUAGAUGGAUUGACAAAUAACCUGGUUGCUGCGUUGGAUGCUGACUUAAGUGAACUGGUGCAAGAAUCCACUUCUUUAGAGUCUGAACAAGUUGGUUAUAGUGCAACAAAUAACCCAACUGCCACUGUUGCUGCUGAAAUAAGUGAAUUGGUGCCAAAAUCCAUCUCCUUAGAGUCUGACUCUGAACAAGUUGGUUAUAGUGCAGCAAUCAACCCAACAGCUACUGUUGCUGCUGACGUUAGUGAAUUGGUGCCAGUAUCCUCUUCUUUAGAGUCUGACUCUGAACAAGUUAGUCAUAGUGCAACUAACAACCCAACUGCUGCUGUUGCUGCUGCUGCUGACACAAGUGAAUUGGAGCCAGAAUCCACUUCCUUAGAGUCUGAGCAAGUUGAUUAUAGUGCAUCAAACAACCUGAUUGCUGAUGAUGAUACUGAUGCAAGUGAAGUGGGGCCAGAAUCCACUUCUUUAGACUCUGAACAAGUCGGUCAUAGUCCAACAGACAACCUGACUGCUUCUGUUGGUGACUUAAGUGAAUUAGUGCAAGAGUUCACUUCUUUAGAGUCGGAACAAGUUAGUUAUAGUGCAACAAAAAACCUGAAUGUUGCUGUUGAUACUGCCAUAAGUGAAUUGUUGCCAGAAGCCUCUUCUUUAGAGUCUGAACUUGUUUCUAAUGAUGAAGAAACAACUCACCUCAUUGUGGAUGACUUAAUUGAUGCAAGUAAAAUGGCAAUGUCAGAAUUGUUACAUGAUGAGGUUCCAUCCUCAGAUUUGGAAAACAUCAUAGAUGUUGACAAUACUGAAAGAAGUGAUACCACAUCGCAGCUUACUAUACCACAGAUACAUUCAGUUGAGGUGGCUAGUCAUGGGAAAAAUACUUCAAAAGCGGAGCUCUUCAUAGUUUCUGGUGGUACUUGCUGGCCUCAUCCCUCCAAGGCAUUGACAGGUCGAGAGGAUGCUUAUUUCAUUUCUCAGCAUAACUGGCUAGCUGUGGCUGAUGGAGUUGGUCAGUGGUCACUUGAAGACAAUAAUGCAGGGAAUGCUGGACUGUAUGUCAGAGAACUCGUUGAAAAAUGUGAAAAUAUUGUAUCAAACUAUGAAAACAUUUCAUCAAUAAAACCUGCAGAAGUUAUCACCAGAGGUGCUGCUGAAACACAAACUCCAGGAUCAUCUUCUGUUUUGAUUUCUCAUUUUGAUGGACAGGUACAUGACUAA